UGUACUGGACGAGAGGUGGCAGCAGCUACCAGGAGCAAGAUGAUGAAUUAGUGUGUCAUCCAGUAUUGAGGAUCUUGAGGGUCAUCUCGGCCCCUGUCAUAUCCCAGCAAUACUGUGCAGGAGUUUCAACGUGCACAUCGCCACGUCAGACAACAGAUCAACAUGACCAAGCUAAUGGAAUGGUUAACUGGGGCAGUACUUAUCCUUGGUCCUUGGUCAGCAGUCGUCACCAACACUAUUCAAAAUGAAUUUACUAAGCAAUACUACUUGGAGAUCUUGUUGUUUCCAGUCCUCUUGGUAGCAUUAUUUGGUUUAGCAUCAGUUGCCAUAAUUGCUUAUCGUGUUUAUACAUUUAAUGACUGUAAGGAAGCAGCAGAAGAGUUACAGAAUCAGAUUAAGGAGGCAAAGGCUGAUCUAACAAAAAAGGGUUUAAAAUUGGACUAGAGGUCAGAAAUGUUUUUCUUUAUCUUCAUGAAGAAAUUAUUACAAUUCAUAGAAUAAUUCAGCAGACAGUGGUGCCAUUCUUUCUAUAAACUGAUAACAGGAAUUUAAUAAAUUGGAAACAAAAAGUUUUCCUUUGAGUCUUCUCUAAAGGACCCCAACUUCAAGAAAAAUUUAAGAUUAAUGGGCAAGGCAAUGAAAUUAUAACAUUAAGCACCAAUAUUUAGUUGAUACUUUACUCUAAAGUCAUUCCAUAUCUUAAGAUAACUGAAGCUUUGUGAUAAUAAACUAUUAACUUUAAUCUCUAAUGAGGGUAUUGUUUCUUGUAGACUAUCAUUAGUACCGUAUUGCCUAUACUGUAAUUAACUUUUGUCAUCAAAAUUGUCUUUUUUCCCCCAAUGCUAAUGAAAUAUAAUUACAAUUGUUGAUUGGCCUAAAAGUUAUGGUGCCCAUGAAAUAUGUAAUUGCAAUUGUUGACUGACCUAAUUUUUUUUUUUUUUAUACUAUUUUGUAGAAUAAAGUGAUAAAAUAACAUAGUCUUUCAUCACACCAUGUCCUUUACAUCAUAUUAUCUAAAUGCGCUGUACUGUUUGAUUCUCUUGUGAGUUGUCUUUAAUAGGGUGGCCACAAGCAGAUACUUGUCAAUAUCUCUACACUUUUUAGUAUUAAUUACUUUGAAAAAAGUGAUGAAACGUUUCAUGAAGAAUGCUUCUGCUUCGCCUAAUUGGUGUAUAAUCAGUCACUACUUGUUUGUAUUACUGAAUGUGUAAAGGAUGAGUGUUAAUUGCAGAGAGUAUAAACAAACAGUUUACGGAUAAGACUAAAAUGGAAAGCUUGGGAAAAGUGUUACCAGUAUAUAUUUAAUGAUUUUAUCCUCAUUCACUCCAUUCUUAAAUAAAGUAAUGAUUAAAAAACACCAUACAAUAUUGCUCUCAUCUCUUCAUCAAAAAGCCAAGUAAACCAAAAGCAGAACAAUUUAUAACCAGCACUUCCUUCUGUAAUAUCAUAGUUCUGGUUACCUAACGAAAUAAUACUUUACAGAGACAUUCAAUGCAUACAGGUAAAAGAAAUAUGAAUGAUAACAUUAACUGAGAAUGUGCUGCUAUGGUUUCACUACACAGAAAUCAACUAGCCCUUAAGAAGAUGCAACCAAUGUUUGUGGGAAAUUCCAUGAACAGUUACUAGCAAAAUUAAACAUCCACUUGUUGAAGGAUAAGGAAAUACAUUUACAAAAGUCUUCAGUGGCAUAAAGCUAUACAGGUGUAUAAUUUCUUUGAAUGAUAAAAAUGCUGUAUAUUUUUCUUUACAGUACCACAAACUGUAUCUGAAGACCAAUAAAAUUAAAAGAAAAAGU